AAUUGCAGUUCUCGCACUUCCCGUUGGCCUUUCAAGAAUUGUAAACAAACGUGUGAUCGUAGUUCCAGCAAGGGGAGAAUCGGUCCGCUUCCUCGAGAAACCGACACAGAUCAAUGAGAUUUAAGCUUCGAGGAAGCGUUUUGGGGAGAAAAACGCCGUCUUACAACGAUUUGAACUGAACUAAAGCGAAGACGCGAGUGGGAGACAUUGGGUGGAAUACGAGCGAGAGGCCAACGUUAGCUGGCAGUCUCUUCUACAGUCUUCGGUGCCCUCGUCAGGGCCCAGCCUAAUUCAGGAUGGUGUAUACGGGGACCCAGCUGGGCGUAUCGGUGCUAGUUUUAUUCUGCACUGUGGCGCCGUCUCCUGGUCAGGCAUAUAUAUAUGCUCAUUACAGUAACAUGACCUCCAUGCUGUUUGAGGAUCUGCCUGCCCUCUUUGGCUCUCCUCUGCCAAAAGAUGGACUCAUGGGUGUGCUGGUCGAAGCUCGUCCUCAAAAUGCCUGCACACCUAUAGAUCCUCCUCCUGUUUCUCCCACACCCUCUGAUCCCAACAGCACUACAAAAUACAUAGUCUUAAUUCGACGCUAUGACUGCAACUUCGACAUCAAGGUGCUCCACGCACAGCAGGCUGGUUUCAGUGCAGCCAUAGUCCACAACAUGUACUCUAAUUCACUUCUCAGUAUGGGAUACAGCAAUGACACCAUUGCAGAGGAGAUUGAGAUUCCCUCUGUGUUCACAAGCUACUAUGCCUCUCAGAUACUGCGCAGCUUUAUCAUACCAGAGAAGGGGGCUUAUGUGAUUCUAAAGCCCGAGUUCUCCUUUCCCCUGGCUUACUAUCUCAUCCCUUUCACUGGAGUCGUUGGCAUGAUCAUCAUUGUCAUGGUCAUCAUACUGAUUGUGCGGUGCGUGCAGCACAGGAAGAGACUUCGGAAAAACAGGCUCUCCAAAGAACAGCUAAAGAAAAUCCCCACGCACAAGUUUGUUAAAGGUGAUAAUUAUGAUGUGUGUGCGAUCUGCCUUGAUGAAUAUGAAGAGGGAGAUAAGCUGAGAGUGCUGCCCUGUUCCCAUGCUUACCACUGCAGAUGUGUGGACCCCUGGCUGACCCAAACUAAGAAGACCUGCCCGGUGUGCAAGCAACGCGUGACCCGUCCCAACCCAGAAUAUUCAGAGUCUUCAGAUUCCGACGGAGAGUCAGGCCCGCACGAGGCUGACGAGGAAGAGGAAGGAGCGACCAGCGAGGCUGAUUCGGAGCGCACACCUCUCCUUCGUCCCUCCAACCCCGCGUCCCCCGCCUCCUCCAGCCCGCCUCCCACUUACGCCUCCACGGUGACGUCAGAGGCAGCCGUCGCCACGGUGACGACCUCCGCCCAGUGCUUGCCGCACGCGCCGCAGCCCGACGUGCCCCUGCUGGGAUACGAUGAGUACUACUCGCCCAUAGAGGACUCGGAUGAAGGUACUGAUGAGGAGGAGGAGGAGGAGGGUCACCCCUCAGAUAGCGAUACCACAGAGCUUAUCGGACGGGGCGCUGUGCGAGUCUGAGGGGUCGAACGCAGACGGCUUUGGUCGUUAUAGGGUGUGUUUUCUCUGUUGCAUAUCACAGAGCUCAUAUUACGCUCCCUUCUUUUGGCGCACUCCAGUCUCUUCGGAUAUGCAUACACCUAGCUAGUGCGAUCAACACUACACGGCACAUGUGUAACAGUUCACCGCUUCUGACACAACUACAUUGUAAUCACUCAGAUGUACGUGAUUCACUGAAUCUUUUCUACCCCAAAAUUUGGUCCGCGUCCAAAUAGAAAAGUACGUUUUUGAAGCGUAUGAAACCGUUUCUUAACAAAAAAGUCCACCUAUAAAUGAGUCAGUUAGAACAGAUAAUUAAAACCGUUGCAAACCGAUAUGAAAACAUGGGAAAGAGGCAGACGUUCGAGCUGAUUGGUUGUGUUUGAUUAGGGAGACUUGUGAAAUGCUCUUCUGCAAGACGGCGACGGCAAGCCUGAAAUUAGAUUUUAAAGUUACGUCGCAGAUAGAAUGAUGUGUGAAUGAUGGUGGUUCACACAAAAAAAAUUUUCAUUUUAGACCCGUACGACUUCUAUUAAUCUUCAAACACAAAUUAGGAUAUAUUAAAUACGCUCUCAUCUGUUGAAUGUCGACGCAAUGAACUAUUUAAUGCAUUAAAAACGGAAAAAAUAAGUCCGAAUUAGUGCUGUCAAAUAUGAUUAAUCAUGAUUAAUUGCAUCCAAAAGAAAUGUUUUUGUUUACAUAAUAUAUAUACACACACACACACA